AUGCCUGACACUGACGGUCUCGUUCCAUCUUCCCUGAGAGCCCUAUCGCAACAGGUUAAGGCCUUCUUAGUCGCUCUGCACGGAUGCAGGAACCCGGAUCCUGCUCGUCACCCAUGGCUCAACGACAAGACUUUCAAGGAGACGGUCAGAAAGCCUAAAGAUCGCAUCGACAAGCUGGAGACAAGCAAUACGGUUUUGGAGAAGAGCAACGCAGCUCUGCAACUCAGAGUCAACAUACUCGAACAAGCCGGCCGCAAGGCAGCUCCGCCGCUCAAGACCUGCCGGCCACUCUUGGGACAGCACCUGUUCCAUCAAUCUGAGCAGCGUGACAUUUUAGCCCAUGUAGGGAACGCCUGA